AAGAAAUGACUGGGAAACGCGGUCAUUCUUUUCCGUCACGGAACCCUACGCCCCAAUUGCGUAUCCAUGGCGCUCCAAUUCGCGUCCUCGGCACUCGAUAUCUCCCGCCGCCGGCGCCGGUGGCUCAUCCUCGUCGCAGCCGUUGGGUUCUCCGGCUAUGGCGCCUACAAGCUCUACCACCUCCCCUCCGUCGCGCGGAGGCGGAGGCAGCUCGCCAGCCUCUUUAACGCUCUCGUCUCCGUCUCCGAGGCCGUCGUACUCGUCUCUGAUGACUUGAACCGGUUCCUCCGUUCGGAAAAAGACGAGAUCCCGACCAGCUUGAAGCAGCUGGCCAAGAUCGCAGCGUCGGAGGAGUUCACCGCGUCGGUAUCGAGCUUCUCGGAAGCCGUUACCGUUGGGAUCGUCCGGGGUUUGGGUUCCGAUUCAGAACGAGGUGGAAAGGUUGGAUCGUGCGGGUUGGGACCUCAAAUUGCCUCCCCUGGCUUCUCCGAUCGGUUCUUUGAGAAGCUCUGCUCCCCAGAGGGCACGGGAUUCGCCUCUAUAGUGGUGGGAAGCUUCGCGAGGAACCUCGUGCUGGCUAUCCGUUCGGGUGGUCAGGGUGGUGAAUCAGUUGGACGGCAUAGUGAUGAAGCUAUCCCAACUUGGUUUCGGUUGCUUUCUGAUGAUAAUUCCCGGGAGCUCAUUGCUGAUUGUAUUCAGCAGUUUGUGAGCACUGCUGUCACGGUGUACCUUGAGAAGACUAUGGUGAUCAAUCCGUAUGAUCAGAUUUUCUCUGGCCUUACGAACCCCAAGCACGAGGCAAAGAUGAAGGACAUAUUAGUUUCGGUUUGUAAUGGGGCUGUUGAAACCCUUGUCAGGACUUCUCAUCAUGUGAUGAAUAAUAAUGGCUCCUUGACCUCCUCAGUGAGCAGAGUAAACAUUACUGGGCGAGAAGGAGAAGUGUUGGAACAACUAUCUAAUCGGCAAAGGAAUUGUCUUAACGAUCACAAUGCUAACAAUAGUGUUGCAUGGGCUGAACGAGUCUCUUCCACAUUGGCAGUUCCCUGCAACAGGAAGCUUGUUCUUGAUGUCACAGGUAGAGUGACAUUUGAGACCGUGAGAUCGUUUCUUGAUUUUCUAUAUUGGAAAUUGUCUGAUUCUGCAAGGAAAGGGGCUUCAGUAAUUCACAGGGAGGUAGCAGAAAGAGGUUUGGAGGUGGUGAGAUAUGUCAGUGCUAAAUCAUUGGCUUCAAUCACUAUAUGUCUUGCUUUGUGCAUGCAAUUAUGUGUUGGAACAAGAUUCUUGACACCAGCAUAAGUAUGUUUUUUAGCAUUGCAACUUCUCAUGUUUGGAAACAACAAUGCUCUUUGAACACAUGGCGAUAAGAUCCUGCAUAAAGUGCAUGCUUCUGUGCUCCACCAAGAUCUGCAAUGAAGCACAAGGUCAACGCUGACACUUUCCUGAAAGCAAAGCCUCCUCUAGUUGCCAUUGGAGAUCCACCAGCGCCACCACGGCCACCACUGUGUGGAUACCAACUAAAACAUCAUUAAUGCAAUCCAUUCCUUCAUGACUUUUCACUUGUGGUUAAACCACUUUGCAUCCUACUUUGUGGCAUUACAGGAUCAGGAUGAGGCCUGAAAAAGAAACUCCACACUUCAUGGCAUCAUACUGCAUCCAGGUUUGCGAGAUUAAAUUAUUAGCAUUCAGUGUGGCUCCUUUUUAGCUUUAGCUUAGUAUGGUGGAUUCUGGAAAGUUGGGUGUCUUGGCCACAUAUCUUUUCUGCAGUGAAUCUUAAAAUAAGUAUAGUAGAAAAUUUGAAAUAUUUUAUC